AUAAAUCAAUUAUUAUUAAAAUUAUCCGAAUGAAUGAUGAAAAAAAAGUUGGUAAAAACCGAAGAAAGAAUAACCGUAUCAUUUAUAAGUUGUUGUUAUGUGUGUGUGUAUGUGUGUUUGUAUGACACACCCACAUACGGGUAUUAUUACCAGACUUUGUUGUAUUUUGGAACGCAAGCAACAAGAUAAUGACGCAUGCUUGAUUCGAUUUUCGUAAACGAAAUAUCGGUGUUUAGUUCAACGGGUAAUGAAACAAAUGGAAUCAUUUCAGAAAUAAAUUUUUUUUGGUAAAAAAGUGUACGAUGCUACACAAAUGGUGAAUGCCGAAACCGAUUGUCGAAAAUACAGAAUCAAACGAAAAUCUCUUUGAAAAAAAAACGAAUUUCAUCCAUCAUUCAUAUCAACCAACUAGAUAGUUCAAACUAAAUUUUUUCCCGGUCGAAUCCAUCAAUAAUUAUCGAAUUAAAGGUUAAGACCAUCAUCAGAAUUUUAAUAUCUAAAAUAUUCAUAUGAAUCCUGCCAUUCAAUAUUACCGUUAACAUUCUGCAUAACAUCAUUUUUAUUUUUCCGUCAAAUACUGCAUGAAAUAAUGCAAAAUAAUUCAACACCACCACAACCAUCUGAUGGACCAUCAACAGUAUGGGAAAAAUUGGAAAAUCUUCUCAGCCAAUGUCGAGAUUCACGACGGCUGGUAUUGGUUAUCGUUGCCAUUGGUUUAUUAUUGGAUAAUAUGCUGCUCACUUCUGUCGUGCCAAUAAUACCGGCUUUUCUAUAUGAAUUGAAUCAUGAAAAAGAUCUGGCUAAAUUGAAUGAAUCAUUAACAUCGAUAACAACAACAAUAACACCAGUGAAUGGAAAAUUAUCCCAAAUUGAUCAAACAUUUUUACAACAAUCCCAAUUAUUAAAUCGAUUGUUGGCACCAAAUUCACCAUUGGCAAAGAAAUUGAAUCCAUAUUGUGAAAAAGAGCUGGAAGAUUAUCUAAUGAACAAUAUUGAAACAACAACUACUGAUGGUGAUUCGGAAACAGCAACUAUGGCGAUGAUCACGACAUUAUCACCUAUUGAUGCAAAUGAACUUAGACAUCAAGAGCUUGUCAAUGAAAAUACUGAAGUUGGUGUUAUGUUUGCAUCAAAACCAAUCGUGCAGGCUAUUACCAAUCCAUUUGUCGGCCCAUUGACCAACAAAAUCGGCUACUCGUGGCCAUUAUUUAUGGGGCUAAUAUUGUUAUUCUUCUCAACCAUGAUUUUUGCCGUCGGCUCAUCAUAUGCUACUCUAUUUAUGGCUCGUUCAUUACAAGGAAUUGGUUCGGCAUUUACAAGUGUAGCCGGUAUGGGCCUUUUAGCCGACAAAUAUCCGGAUGAUCGUGAACGAGGUAAUAGCAUGGCGAUUGCAUUGGGUGGCCUUGCAUUGGGUGUGCUGAUUGGACCACCAUUUGGUGGUAUUAUGUAUGAAUUUAUUGGUAAAAGUGCGCCAUUCAUUAUAUUGGCAAUGUUUGCCUUAUUGGAUGGCUGUUUACAGCUGCUUGUUUUACAACCGAAAGUUGUACGUGAAGAACAAGAAGGUGCAUCAUUGAUGACAUUGAUUCGUGAUCCUUAUAUUAUUGUGGCCGCCGGUGCUAUCACGUUUGCCAAUCUAGGAAUUGCUAUACUUGAACCAUCGUUGCCUUUAUGGAUGAUGGAUACAAUGGAAUCAACAAAUUGGGAACAAGGUGCCGCAUUCUUACCUGCAUCAAUAUCCUAUCUGAUUGGUACAAAUAUAUUUGGGCCAUUGGGACAUCGUAUGGGUAGAUGGCUUGCAUCCAUGUGUGGCCUGAUUAUCAUUGGCUUAGCAUUACUUUAUAUUCCUAUGGCCACCGAUCUUUCUGAGCUUAUUGUGCCGAAUGCAUUAAUUGGAUUUGCUAUUGGAAUGGUUGACAGUAGUAUGAUGCCAAUGCUUGGAUAUUUAGUAGACAUCAGACAUACAUCGGUUUAUGGUAGCGUUUACGCUAUUGGUGAUGUAGCAUUCUGCAUCGGAUUCACUAUUGGUCCGGUUUUAUCCGGAACUCUUGUAUCAUGGUUUGGUUUCACCGGUUUAUGUACAACAUCAGCAUUGAUAAGUUUUGCAUUUGCACCAUGUAUGCUUAUGUUACGUAAUCCACCAUGUACAAAUCAAACAACAAGUAAAUCACAACAGACACAAUUAUUGAAUAGUCAAGAAGGUGCUGUUAAAUAUGUUAGCUAUACGAAUGAUCUUGAUUCACCGGAUCUUGAAUCAUCAUCUGCCAUUGGUGGUGGUGGUGGUAGCCUGAAUAAUUAUUCCCGUAACAAAUCAUUCGAUAUGGUUCCAUAGUUCUUUCUUAAUUAUCAAAUAAUAAAUGAAAAUCAUUUUCAUUUCAACUAUCAACUUGAAUUUCUAAACUCACAACUUUGAAACAUACAUCACUCAGCUAGGUUAUGAUGAUGGAUUGCUUCGAGAUAUAUAUCCCAGAUGAAAAUCCAAGCAAUCUCUUUUAUUUUGUCAAAUUCUUUUCAAUUUUUUUUUUGUUGCCAAAAAAAAUCUAAUAGUUUAUAAACUACUUAAGCUUUUCAUUCAUUAUUUCAUUGAAUGGUUCAUGUUUGUUGUCGGUUACUUUUUUUUGUUGUUUUUUUUUUUUUGUCUUUUUUGUUUUUGUUUUUGUUUUUCUGUUUAUUCACAAAUUAUAAUACCUAUUAAGCUUAAAAAAUUCAUCAACAUUCUUCAUAUUGCCAACCAACUAACAAAACGAAAGACUUGUUGUUGUUGAUAUUCUAAAAAUAAAGAAAUAAAAAAA